AGUCAACCAAGUGCACAUGCCAAAAGAACCGCACAUGAAGCCGACAGAGGUCGCAAAGCGAUCCAAAUCCAAGAAGACAAAGGUGGGCGAUCCGGUACCGCCCCCUCCAGACAAACCGCAACAAUGCCAGUAUUGGGUGGCUCGAAAGCGACGCUAUUGCCAUUUACCUUCAAAGAAGACAAACAAAUAUUGCGGAGAGCAUUUGACAGAGCAACAGAAAGAAGAUAUCGAACAGGAUACGAGAGUUCGUAUACCUUGCCCGUUUGAUCCACGACACACUGUUUUCCAAGAUGAGCUCGAAGUGCACCUGAAGACUCGCUGCAAUGCUCGUCCAAAACCAAGUGAUCCAUGGUACUCCCUCAAUGCCAAUUGUGCUCUUCCUCUUUCCAAAGAAGAGCUUGAAUUUCAGCAAUCCAUCCACUCUCACAAGCAUUUGAAAGCCCAGCCCUGGAUAACACGCGUGCAACUCCAGGAAUUACCGAAAACCGAACUUCGAGAAUUGAUUUUGAAGGUCGACCGUCUUUACAAAGAUAUUGUACCACCCAUCAAAACGAAAAUUCACUUUCACCCAUCUAUGGAGAAGAGACGAGCUCAGGUGAAAUUCCAUAAGCAUGCUGAUCAACAGGCUUCGUUGCUUGGACAUAUGGCUGAUAAAGAUAUGCUGAAGAACAAGCGUGCUGCUUUCGUUGAAUUUGGUGCUGGAAGGGGCGAAUUGUCCCACCAUCUUAAAGCAGCACUUAACGCUGAAAAUGGCGAGAGCACAUUUGUUUUAAUUGACCGAAAAGCUGUCCGUGGAAAGUUUGAUACCGUUCUGACUGGCGAAGGAGGCGCAACCAAAGUCAAGCGCAUCAACAUAGACAUCAAAGAUUUAUGCUUGAGCAAUUUGGAUACCUUGAAGGAUGAAAACGGUCACCAAAAGCCUGUGAUCGCAUAUUCUAAACAUCUUUGCGGUAGUGCGACGGAUCUUACUUUAAAAUGCCUCGAGAAUUAUGUGGAGGAUCAAAAGGCUAAUAAUAACAAUAGCCAUGCUAUUCCUGGAAUCAUUAUCGCGCUUUGCUGCCACCAGCUGUGCAGAUAUGAAAUGUAUCCCAACAACCAAUUUUUGGAAGACAACCAAAUUUCUAAAACGGACUAUGAACGUAUAUGUAAAAUGACGAGCUGGGCGAUCUGCGGCCAACCUAAAGCACUGCGAGUCACCGAUGAAGGAGUGCAGAUACCACCUGAAGCGACUUCGGUAGUAGGCAUCGACUCUGAUGAUGAAGUUGAAGAGCAUCAUCAUGUCGCUGAGGAAGAGGGAGACCUAGAUGAUACUUCAGCUCAUUACUCCGGAUUGGACCACGAAAGCCGGGAAGCCAUUGGCUUUGCGUGUAAGCGUAUCUUAGAUGCCGGUAGAGCGGAAUUUUUACGACAACAUGGAUUCCAUGUUGAACUUGUAUACUAUGCUGAUAGAAAAACAACAUUGGAAAACUGUGCAUUGAUAGCUACGCACAAGGUAGAUCAUUAGCUUUUGUAAUAAAAAACAAAAAAUGGGUUGGGGAAAAAAAGGACAAAAUUCCAAAAAGUGAAAUCCCCGCGACUCAACAUAACUC